AUGAAGACCCUGAUGCACCAUGGUCUGGCAGUGUGUUUAGUGCUCACUACCAUGUGCACCAGCUUGUUGCUCGUGUACAGCAGCCUCGGCAGCCAGAAGGAGCGGCCCCCGCAGCAGCAGCAACAGCAGCAGCAGCAACAGCAGUCGACUGCUGGCAGCGCGCAGCCAGUGGAGAGCAGUCCCCAGCCACGUAGAACCGCCCCCGCUGGACACCGGCAGUUGGAUGGAUACCUCGGCGUAACCGACCACAAGCCCCUGAAAAUGCAUUGCAAGGACUGCGCCCUGGUGACCAGCUCAGGGCAUCUGCUGCAUAGUCAGCAGGGCGCCCAGAUCGAUCAGACAGAGUGUGUUAUCCGCAUGAAUGACGCCCCCACCCGAGGCUAUGGGCUUGAUGUGGGCAACCGCACGAGCCUGCGGGUCAUCGCACAUUCCAGCAUCCAGAGGAUCCUCCGCAACCGCCAUGACCUGCUCAACGUGAGCCAGGGCACUGUGUUCAUCUUCUGGGGCCCCAGCAGCUACAUGCGGCGAGAUGGCAAGGGCCAGGUGUACAACAACCUACAGCUUCUCAGCCAGGUGCUGCCCCGGCUGAAGGCCUUCAUGAUCACACGCCACAAGAUGCUGCAGUUUGAUGAGCUCUUCAAGCAGGAGACUGGCAAAGACAGGAAGAUCUCCAACACUUGGCUGAGCACUGGCUGGUUCACGAUGACAAUUGCACUAGAGCUCUGUGACAGGAUCGAUGUUUAUGGCAUGGUGCCCCCAGACUUCUGCAGGGAUCCUAAGCACCCUUCAGUACCUUAUCAUUACUACGAGCCUUCUGGACCCGAUGAAUGUACAAUGUACCUCUCGCAUGAGCGAGGAAGAAAGGGUAGUCACCACCGUUUCAUCACAGAGAAGCGGGUGUUUAAGAACUGGGCACGGACAUUCAACAUUCACUUUUUUCAACCAGACUGGAAACCAGAAUCACCCCCUGUGAAUCAUGCUGAGGAUAAGCCUGUGUUCUGA